UAUACGUGUCCAAAGAAAGAAAGAGAGAGACGAUAUUGUCGGGUGAGUCGGGCAGAGACCGAAGAAGGGUGCGCGGUGCAUUGCGGCGGCUUUCAACAUGGCACCAAGCCGCAUCUGAGCACGCGAGGGACGAGCGAAUUUUAUCGAGGAUGCACUAGUGCCGAGUGUAUCGUUCACAAGGGAAGUUUCCUUCUCACGAGUGCGUGGACGCGUUUUCGGAAAGUGCGUCGGAUUUGAAGCAACACGCGGUGAAACAGCGAGUCAUGCCGAGGAGUCGCACAGGGCAGGGACGGCAGGCCAAUCCGGUGGCGGUCAUCCUACCCCGUGUCGAGUGACAGGCUGCUUACGUAACGGAUUAUUCUCGCUAUGAUAACGACACUCCAGGCGCGAACGCGACACGCCGAGAGGAAACAACGGAUCAGCAGUAGCAUCGUCGCCGGGAGAGCCGUCGACGCAACGGCGCCGGAGCGCGCGACCCCGACAGAAAUACACCGACCCGAAUCCCGCUACCGCCGACUCUGAUACACGUCGCCCGAGCGGACGUUGAGCGUCGCGACGCCUACCUCUUCGCCUCCGCCGCGGUGCGGGUGGGACACCCGACCCGAGUGCGAAUUAUGACAGCGGCAGUCGUCAUGGAAAACGUUAACUGGGAUCCCGCAUUAUCCAAGCUACUCAACACACUGCAGGAGAAUAAGUCGGAAAUACCCAGCUGUACCGAGGAGGAAUUUGGUUUUCUGAGUGAAUUGCUACAGUCAAAGGAACUGAAUGCUCUGGUGAACGUUCACAACAAGAUUUUGAAUAAUGUCAAAGAUGACAAAUUCUCUCCCAUACUCUCAAACUCGAUGGACAUUGACAUUGAGGUACUCGAUCUGUUGUCAACCAAAACGCACAUCUCCGCUGAGUGCAAAGAACUCUUUCACUUGCUGCAGAAACCGCAUAUCCAGGGUCUCCUUUGCGCCCACGACGCAGUGGCACAAAAGGACUAUUAUCCGAGGCUACCGGACAUCCCGUUGGAGGUGGACGAAGACGAGGAGACGGUGAAGAUCGUUCAGUUGGUGAAGUCGAACGAGCCCCUGGGCGAAACCGGCGUUGAACCGAUCGUGGGGGCGACCAUAAAAACCUGCGAUGUCACUGGCAAGAUCGUGAUCGCGCGAAUAAUGCACGGAGGCGCGGCCGACAGAUCCGGUCUCAUUCACGUCGGCGACGAAGUCUGUGAAGUUAAUGGCAUCUGCGUCGAAGGGAAGACGCCUAGUUUUGUUCUACAAAUUUUGCAAAAUUCAGAAGGGACAAUCACUUUUAAAAUAGUACCCGCGGACAGCAAGAGUGGAAUCAGAGAGAGCAAGGUUCGUGUGAGGGCACACUUUACGUACGUAGCCGCUGAGGAUCCUUAUAUUCCUUGCAAAGAAGCCGGGUUAGACUUUGAAAAGGGUGAUGUUCUGCACAUUGUCAGCCAAGAUGAUGCCUACUGGUGGCAAGCCAGACGAGAAGGGGAUCGAAAUAUGAGAGCAGGCUUGAUCCCCAGCAGAGCUCUUCAAGAACGUAGGAUUAUUCUUGAAAGAGAGCAAAAAGGAAAAUCGGAUGAAGACAAUAUAAGUACGCCAAUGGGCUUGUGUUCUGUUCCAGUGCCUUUGCCCGCAUUGUGCCCCCGUCCCAGUACCUCUUUGCACGCCUCGCCCACAAAGUGCAACUUGCAGGGAAUUAAAACUAAAAAAAUCAUGUAUGACGCAGCAGAAAACGACGACUUCGACCGGGAAGAGGUACCGACCUACGAAGAGGUCGCGAAACUCUACCCCAGGCCGGGCCUGUACCGACCGGUGGUUCUCAUCGGGCCACCGGGGGUUGGCAGGAACGAGCUGAAGAGGCGACUUGUGGCGACUGACAGUGAAAAGUACAAGACUCCCGUGCCAUAUACGUCUAGACAGGCGCAAUCGGGCGAGAUAAACGGCAAGGAGUAUCAUUUUGUGACGCGGGAAAAAAUGGAGGAGGACAUCAGUUCUGGAAAGUUUAUCGAGUACGGCGAGUACAAGGGAAAUCUAUACGGCACCAGUUCUGAAAGUGUCAGUUCGCUGGUGAACGCCGGAUACGUGUGCCUCCUGAAUCCUCACUAUCAGGCUUUGAAGAUGUUGAGAACACCACAAUUGAGGCCGUACAUCAUAUACGUGAAACCACCGACCUUCGAAGUGCUAAAGGAAACUAGAAACGAGGCCAGAGCGCGGUCGACUUUCGACGAGAGCAACGCUCGAGGCUUCACGGACGAAGAAUUCCGAGAAAUUCUGCACAGCGCAGAAAGAAUAGAAUUCCUGUACUCUCAUCUCUUCGACGAAGUGAUAGUAAACGCUGACCUCCCGAUGGCAUUCGAACAGCUAGUUAAUGCGAUUCAUCGAGUGGAGUCUGAGCCGCUUUGGGUACCAGCUUCGUGGGUGCAGUAAACGGGCGAUCUUCGUGAUUCGAAAGACCAAGUAUCCGGAAAAAAAAAAAUCAAAAGAGAAAAUUUCGUUGUUGGAGACGGGCGAUUACUCGUCGCUCUUCUCGCUGGACGACGCUUUCCUUCCGCUUCCGGUUCCCGAAGAAGUCGCGUGCACUUCUCGUCUCUAUCAACCCACCGAAUUGCAAUUUAUUACCUAGUAUUAUCGCGUCUUUACAGCCGUAAAGAUUUCGCACGUCAAACGUUUGCGACAGUCUUUAUCGGUUUCAAAGACGCAUUAAACGAGAUUUUCUAUUAUCGGAUGCUACUGUUCAUUGUUGGCAAUCGCUGUAAUCAUUCACUCGUGACGAUUUAUCGCUCGCGAGAGGAAACGCGACGCUCGUUUCCUCGAUGACGUCGUCGUCGCCAAAUAAGUUAAGUAGCUAAGUACAAGACGUUGAAGUAAUUUCGAAGCUAAGCUCCAAGCGAUUCGAAGUCGUCCAAGUCCCACAGUCCUUGUUUUCCGGGUAACUAUCAGACAUCUUAGUAAUGCACUGUGUUAUUUUAGUGACCCUUAACUGCCAGAAAUUUCGCUAGUGGUGUCUCGUAUUGCACGAUUGAAAGAAAGAGUGAUAUGAUCUCGUCGCGAUACGAAAUCGACAUGUAAAAAAUUCCACCUUUGAGAUCACCGGAAUCUCGCAUAUGUUGGGAUCAACGCUCGCGAAAUGUGUCGAAGUUACUUCGGAGGCUUUAUCUCAAAACUGGGAGAAUCGUGGACGAUCUUUGAUCUCGAUUGUUGUUAAUUGUUGCCAAAUAAGUAUUGUACCUAGAAAAUGCGACCGGAAGAGUCGCUCCACUGUAUUUACCGUAUUUUCCACUUGAUCAGCAUUACCAUAAUAUUGCUAUUUUAUUUUCUUUUCCAUAAUAACGGGAUGCCAAUGUGAGAAGGAGAAGGAGAAAUUGUUCGCACUAUUGAGUCAACGUUGCAUAAUACAUCCUUGAUGUAAACUCUGUAUGUUAUCGAAAUAUAGCAUUAAAUUAAAUUUU